CGUGGUUAAUGUUCAGCCACACCUCCAAAAUGGUGCGAGAAUAUCAAGCAGAAGUGAAAGCAAAUGGUAUCUCUGAUAGGUAUGAUAGCAGUCGCACCUGGAGGAGUAAAACAAAACAUAGUGCAAGACACAAGAGCUUUAUGAAGAAGGUAAGAAACAAGAGGAGGCAUAGACAGGAACGUAUCCAGAGGAGAACGGAAGAAUACGAGGACGAGAAAGUCCUUCUUCCUUCAGAGAUAGAUCCAAAAUUAGAACAAAGAGUCCUUUAUGCACUGCUCAAUCCUACACUUGAGAUACCUACGCAAGGAACCAAACUAUUGGAAAUGUCCGGAACGGAUUUUGAAAACCUUCCGAACUUACUCCAGAAACUCUAUGGGCAGGACCUCAUCUGUCUCCAAUCUGACGGGUACACCAUAACGUCCAUUAAUCUUGAGAGUAUCUCCCGACUCAUUGAAAUGAAGAACCUCUCCCUUCGUCAGAGUAACAUUCCUCGUUUCAAGACUGACCCUGAAGAGAUUGAGUACCUACUGAAUGCUCCAUCGGUGAGAGACAAAGAAACCAAACGAGUUGGUAGUGAAAUACAAGAACUCCUCACGGCAAAGUCUUACCAGGAACAAUUGAUUAAACAAAAGUUUCAGAGUGCUGGCGGGUCGCAGCUAAGAGAGUUCUGUCCUCAAAAAACCCGUGAGGAUUGUCGUAGAGUGAGUAGGAGUGGGCGUGCCUGUCCCCGUCUACAUUUCCGAAGGAUCAUACAAUCGCACACAGACGAGAGUCUAGGCGACUGCUCCUUUCUUAACACCUGCUUCCACAUGGAGUCUUGUAAGUUUGUACAUUACGAGAUUGACCAGACACAAGAAACUGAGUCCCGUAAGGGCGGGAUCAAGCCACGCCCAUCACUACAGUCCCUUGGGAGCAAGUUGGUACCUCCUCAGUGGCUUAACUGUGACCUGAGGAACUUUGACACUUCCGUAUUAGGAAAGUUUGCUGUCGUAAUGGCUGACCCACCCUGGGAUAUACAUAUGGAGCUGCCUUAUGGUACAAUGAGCGAUGAUGAGAUGAGACAGCUGGACAUUCCCUCCUUACAAGAUGAUGGGUUCAUAUUCCUCUGGGUAACAGGCCGUGCUAUGGAGCUCGGAAGAGAGUGCCUUACCUUGUGGGGCUACGAGAGGAUCGAUGAACUAGUUUGGGUCAAAACUAAUCAACUUCAGAGACUCAUUAGAACUGGCAGAACUGGGCACUGGAUAAACCAUGGGAAAGAGCAUUGUCUUGUAGGAGCUAAAGGGAACCUCCAGGGGGUAAACAGAGGAAUUGACACAGAUGUCAUUGUGGCUGAAGUCAGAGCCACAAGCAGAAAACCAGAUGAGAUAUACGGAGUCAUUGAAAGACUUUCCCCAGGGACCAGAAAAAUAGAAUUAUUCGGACGACAGCACAACUGCCAACCAAACUGGCUGACUCUAGGGAACCAGCUGGAAGGGGAUAAUCUACACGACCCUGAGCUAAGGGAAAGGUUCUACUCAAGAUACCCUGAGAAACUACACGCAUACCCAGCUGUAACAUAAUAAUUACUACGAAAUUCAUUUUUUCGAUAAAAUUUUUUGUAAUCA